AUGCCGUCUCCUGAUACCCGUCGCUCGAAUCGCCGCACCGUGCCUAGGCUUUCUCACGAAACCGGCUACCUCUCACACGCUUCCUCAUUUCCUGGAUGUCCGCCAAACUACGAUGAACCUUAUCGCGCUACGGCCUUCCAUUCCUCGCCAAUAAUCCCCUUCAGUCCAAGUCCGCCUCUUUCUCAGUCGUCAAGCUUUUUGUCUCCCGACGAAGGCGAGGUCUUUUCGCGUUGUUACGAUAGUGACCCUGGCCCUGUAACUCGAUCGUUGCCCUACGAUUGCAAGGCCGCCGUCCAUUCUCCUUGCUUCCCUGCCCACCAUAUCCUCAACCCUGUCUUUGCUUGCUCAUACAAACUACUCGAUCAACUUGGUUCUGGCGGUUACGGCUUUGUUAUGACUGCGGUUCAUCGAUUCACUGGUCAAGAAUACGCCGUCAAAUUCAUCGAAAAAAGCAAAGUGCCCGACUCUGCGUGGAUGUACGAUGGCGUAAGUUCCUUUCUUAUCACUGUCGAAGACUCCAUUUCAUUCUAUACUUGCUUUAAGAAUGGAUGUAGGAUCCCAACCGAAAUCUUGUUGCUUCGCGCUAUGGACCAUCCCAAUAUUGUUGCCUAUAUCGACUCGUUCGAAGAUGAGGUCUACUUCUAUCUGGUGCAAGAGCUUCACGGAUCACCAUGGCAUAAGCCAAGCUCACCUUCGUGUUCCCUUUCACCGUCAUCCAGCAUGCCGUCUCUUUCCCCCUCAGUCUCCGCCGACUCAAUAACCGUAUCUGAACCGGCAACUCCGCCGUCAUCUAUUCAUCACCAACAACUGCCCCAUGGCAUUCAAGAUAAUCAACCCAAGAGUAGUCCAUCCAUCGGACCAGGUCUUUCUCUACCUCGCCCACAAUAUUCGCGUCGCCCUUCCCAUGAUCUGUUUGAGUGCAUCGAACAAUCAGAAAACAAGCGUUUAUCGGAGUGUCAGGCACAGCAUGUGCUGAAACAGGUUGUCGAGGCUGUCUACUACCUGGAUAUCAAUGGGGCUUCGCACAGAGAUAUCAAGGACGAAAACGUGGUCAUAGACGAGAACCUCACCGUUAAACUCAUCGAUUUUGGAAGUGCAGUGGUUGAGAAUCCUCAUGCCCGUUCAUACCACACUCAUUUCUAUGGAACGACGGCUUAUGCAUCUCCGGAAAUACUCAGGAAACGGCCCUAUAAGGCUGCGCCUGCGGAAGUGUGGACGAUUGGAGUGCUUUUAAGCUUCCUAUUGACAGGUUCAUCUCCGUUUCCGACUGUUCGAGACGCUCUGCACGGCCGAAUCAUUCUGACAGAGUGUCCAACCGAUAUUUCUAAGGCGGCUUUGGAUUUGAUGAGCAUGUGUCUUGAACCCGAUGCGAAGAGAAGGCCGACUAUAAGACAAGUUCGGGCACAUCGUUGGCUACAGUUCUAG